UCUUCCUGUGAUGUCCGCGGCCUGUGCUCUCGGUGGUCGGCACCACUGCUUGUUGGCGUCCGCCAGAAAUCUAUCUCACCGUCUCCCUUUGGGAGUCGUUGUUCGCCCUAUGUCCUACCGUCCCAACUACCAGGGCGGCCGCAGGGGCGGAGGAGGACGAGGUGGCAGUGGAAGAGGUGGAAGAGGGGGCGGGAGAGGCGGCGGCGGUCGGGGGGAGCAGAGGUGGUGGGAUCCUCAAUGGAGGGCCGAACGUCUUCGCCAGAUGGCUGGCGAGGUUGAAAAGCUGGAUGAAAAUGAAUGGUCAACUAAGAUACAUAAAUUUAAACAAGAUUGCCAACAGGAGCUGAUAGUCAAGCGCAAUUUUGGUCGCGAUGGUCAGAAUACCCUGUCAAGUAUAGCUCAGAUGCAGGGGUUAUACUUCCAUGCAUACAACAAAGGGAAGACACUUGUCUUUAGCAAAGUUCCUUUGCCUGAUUAUCGUGCUGAUCUUGAUGAAAAGCAUGGAUCAACUCAAACGGAGAUUAAAAUGUCUACAGAAACUGAAAGAAGAGUAGAAAAUCUUUUGGAUAGAUCAAAAGAUGUGGCUGCCAAGAGUAGCUCCACCAGUACAUUUGUUGAGGGAGGCAAGAAAACAUUGACAACCUUGCCCAUUUCUAUAUCUGAAUCAAUUUCAUCGUUUAAUGCUUCAAAAGAAAAGUUUAGUGCUCAACUGAGGGACCUACAGAAUUCCAAGAAGGCAUCCCAGAGUGCCAGAGCAAUGUUGGCUUUCAGGGAAAGGUUACCAGCAUACAAAAUGAAGGAUGAGUUUUUAACAGCUGUGGCAGAAAAUCAGGUCCUUGUUGUUUCUGGUGAGACGGGCUGUGGCAAAACUACACAAUUACCCCAAUUCAUCUUGGAGCAAGAAAUAGAACAUUUUCGUGGAGCAGAUUGCAGUAUUAUAUGUACUCAGCCACGACGGAUAUCUGCCAUAUCUGUUGCAACACGCAUUGCUUCUGAAAGGGAUGAAAGUAUCGGAGAAACUGUUGGUUACCAGAUUCGUUUAGAAGCAAAAUCUUCUAAGCAAACACGUCUACUAUUUUGUACAACAGGAGUCUUACUCCGGAGGCUGGUUCAAGAACCAGACCUAGCAGGUGUUAGUCAUGUACUUGUUGAUGAAAUUCAUGAAAGGGGCAUAAAUGAGGAUUUCCUUAUAAUUAUAUUGCGUGACCUUCUUCCACGACGGCCAGACCUGCGAGUAGUAUUAAUGAGUGCCACCUUGAAUGCUGAUCUCUUCUCCAAAUACUUUGGUAAUUCACCAGUCAUCCACAUACCGGGUUUUACAUUUCCUGUAACAGAAUUUUUCCUAGAGGACAUAAUUGAAAAAACACGAUACAAGAUAACACCUGAGUUUGAUAAUUAUCAAGGGAACUCGAGGAGGAGGAGGAUGAGGCAAUCAUCUGCAAAAUGUGAUCCUUUGUCAGAAAUGUUUGAGGGUGUUGAUAUUGAUGUACAAUACAAAAAUUAUAGCAUAUCUACAAGGCAAUCACUUGAAGCAUGGUCUUCUGCACAAUUGGAAUUGGGUCUUGUGGAAGCCACUAUUGAAUAUAUUUGCCGCAAUGAAGGUGAUGGAGCCAUCCUUGUGUUCCUUACUGGAUGGGAUGAAAUAUCCAAACUGCUAGAAAAAAUUAAAGGAAACAUAUAUCUUGGAGAUUCCAAUAAAUUUCUUGUUCUUCCAUUACAUGGUUCAAUGCCAACUGUCAAUCAACGUGAAAUCUUUGACAGACCUCCAAAGAACAUAAGGAAGAUAGUUUUAGCAACAAAUAUUGCAGAAAGCAGCAUUACGAUAGAUGAUGUUGUUUAUGUUGUUGAUUGUGGCAAGGCUAAAGAAACAAGUUAUGAUGCCCUUAAUAAGCUGGCAUGCUUGUUACCAUCAUGGAUAUCGAAGGCUUCAGCACAUCAGAGAAGAGGACGUGCUGGCCGAGUUCAACCAGGGGUGUGCUAUAGGUUGUACCCAAAAAUUAUUCAUGAUGCUAUGCCCCAGUACCAGUUACCUGAAAUUCUUCGAACCCCUUUGCAAGAACUAUGCCUUAACAUUAAAAGCCUACAACUUGGAGCAAUUGCAGCAUUUUUAGCCAAGGCUCUUCAACCCCCUGAUCCUUUGUCUGUUAAAAAUGCUGUUGAACUUUUGAAAGCAAUUGGAGCACUGGAUGAAACAGAGGAGCUUACCCCACUUGGACGGCAUCUGUGCACUCUACCCUUGGAUCCAAAUAUUGGAAAGAUGCUACUUAUAGGAUCCAUAUUCCAGUGCCUAGAUCCAGCUCUCACAAUUGCCGCCGCUCUGGCACAUCGCGACCCAUUCGUUCUACCUAUAAAUAGAAAAGAAGAAGCUGAUUCUGCUAAAAGAUUCUUUGCUGGUGAUUCUUGCAGUGAUCAUAUUGCUCUUCUUAAUUCAUUUGAAGCAUGGAAGGAUGCAAAACGUGGUGGUAGAGAGCGUGCUUUCUGUUGGGAGAAUUUCUUGUCUCCCAUAACAUUGCAAAUGAUGGAGGAUAUGAGAAAGCAGUUCUUGGAUCUUCUAUCUGACAUUGGUUUUGUGGAUAAAGCUAAAGGUGCCAAGGCAUACAACCAGUAUGGAGAUGAUAUGGAAAUGAUAUGUGCUGUUCUUUGUGCUGGCCUUUACCCCAAUGUCAUCCAAUGCAAAAGAAGAGGAAAGAGAACAGCUUUCUACAGCAAAGAUGUCGGGAAAGUUGAUAUCCAUCCUUCCUCAGUUAAUGCAAGGGUCAAUCUGUUCCCUCUGUCCUACAUGAUUUACAGUGAUAAGGUGAAAUCUUCAAGCAUAUACAUAAGGGAUUCAACAAAUAUUUCAGAUUAUGCUUUGCUUCUGUUUGGUGGCAACCUUACACCCAGUGAAUCUGGCGAGGGUAUUGAGAUGUUAGAUGGCUACCUUCAUUUCUCAGCUCCUAAAAACACGCUACAACUUAUUCAGAGAUUGAGAGGAGAGCUUGAUAAACUUUUGCAGAGGAAAAUUGAGGAGCCAGAGCUUGAUCUCCCUGCAGAAGGUAAGGAUGUGGUUGCCGCAGCUGUAGAAUUAUUGCACAAUCAAAACGUUUACCGAUAAAUGGAGAGCGGGUCAUGUGCAAACACGAUACAGAAUCGCCAAUCAAAGGGGUGUUUUAUGUGAGUUUGUCACAUUCAUGACAAAACUGCCUGAGUAAACUUUUAUGUGAGUUUGUAUUCAAGUGCGGUUUUGUUUAUGACUAAACUUUAGUCGUUUGCAACCAAAAGAACUUUGCAAUAUGAAUAAUGUUUACACUCAAAUCUGAAUGAAUUGCCUUAGUAUUGAGAGUUCA